AGUCAUCACUUAUCACCAAAUCCACCAAUUCAUUCAAUUCAAUAUAAAGAUGGGGAGAUCUGAUCUACCGCAGGAUAUGGUGGAGGACAUCCUUUCAAGGCUUCCAGAGAAAUCUUUAAAGCGAUUCAGUUGCGUAAACAAGUCAUGGUCUACCCUUUUCCAAAACCCAUGUUUUAUUGCCAAACACCAACAUUUGUCUCAAAAGAAUUGGAGUAUUUUCGCGUCUGGCGUAGACUGUGAGGCCAAUAAGCCUGUGCUGUUCUUGCAUCCUAAUUUUGAUGAUGAUGCUGCUGAUGAUGAUUUUGAUUCUAGAGGAAUCAUUCUGGUAUCGCCGUUUUUAGAAGAGGAAAAGAAAUACGAGGAAUUCGUGGGAUCUUGUAUCAACGGCAUAAUUUGUCUGAAAUAUUAUGUUGAACAUAAUCAGACCCAUGACUUCGCCUUAUGGAAUUCGGCAAUCAGAGAAUUCAAGGUGCUUCCAUCACUUCCUAUCCACUUUCCAUCUAAUGUUGACUACGAAGACGUUGGUUUUGCAUUUGGUUAUGAUUCCAAUUCUAAUGACUUCAAGGUAAUUACAAUUCUCUCCUAUUGGAACGAUCCUGGCUACACAGUCACAUAUAACUGGGACCCUAAAGUGAUUAUGCAUACUCAAGUUGAGGUUUACACCCUAAGUACUAAUUCUUGGAGGCAAGUCGACUAUGACACCGUUUCUCAUAUCAAUUUUCCUGGUCGAUUUCGUGAAAUAUACUUGAAUGGAGUUUAUCAUUGGUCUGGUAUGGCCCCUGGUAUUGCCAAGAAUUACUUCGUCAUUGUAUCCUUUGACAUGAGAAAUGAGGUGUUUGGAAUUUUAAGUAUGCCGAAUUUGGGCGAUAUUUUGGAUCCUGCAUAUGUUUGGGAGGCUUUAGCUGUCCUAGGCAAUUGUGUUGCUUUGGUUGUUUUCGAUUAUCAACCGACAGAUAAAAUCUUUCAUAUUUGGGUGAUGCGUGAAUAUGGCAUUAAGGAGUCUUGGACCAAACAAUACGUUAUCGGACCUUUUUCAGGAAUUCCGCAUAUAGCUGGUUCCGAGCUCCAGAUUCUUCUUUUAGGUGACAAGAUUCUUAUGGUGGAGAACAAUGGAGAAGUAGUCUUGUAUGACUUGAGUGCUCAAAAAAUUAAGAAUCUUCGAGUUAGAGGGCUUCCAAGCUUGUUUAGAGCUUCACAGAUUAUGGUUUAUGAGGAGAGUCUAGUUUCAAUUAUGGGUUGAAAUGUCAAUUAUAUCGAAUUUGUCAUGCCCUAGAUCCCUAAUUAUUUGUAUAACAUAGGGAAAGGCAUACACAUCUUUCAAUAAGUAAUACAUC